CACUGAUCGCCAUGGCAACGAGGUGCGCACAACAAAACGAUUGCAAUUUUUAAUUUAUUUGCUUUUUAAUAACUGUGAAAAUAUCGAGAUUAUUGGCUCGAUUUCGGGCCGAGGUUACCUAGACAAUGGCUGAAAGUUAGUGAUUUGGAAGAAUGUCAGUUCUGAGUCUUAUACCAGAGAACAGAAAAAAGGAUCAAAGGAAAGAGUCCUUGGAGAGCGUGUACAGCAGUAGCUCUCGGUUGAACCUGCUGAACAAGCGCAAGCGUCUGAAUCCAUUGACUGACGGCAUGUCGCAACACUCGCUGAACGGCGAUCGCUACGUGACGCAGCGCGUGCUGUCCGCUAAGACGCACCGCGUCAAGCAGCUGCAGAACCAGCUGGCCGACGCGCACUACCAUCUGCAGGAGCUGAGCAACGAGAAUAGAGUUCUGCGAGCGAUACAGAAAAAGCAAGAGAUUGCGCUACACAGGUACGAAAACUCUAACGCGGAACUGCCCCAAGUGCUGAACUCGCAUAACGAGGAGAUCAGGAUCCAGCAGAGCAAGUACAAGCAGCUGAAGCAGCAGUAUAGGGAGGCGACGCAGAAGCUGAAGGAGAGGGACAUGCAGCUGCAGCAACUGCGAGACGAGCAUCAACACUUGCUGGAGUUGAGCAAGGACAGAAACUUACUAGAACGCGAGAAGUUACAGCACCAAGUCACAGAGUUGACAGCCAAAGUCCAGCAGCAAAACGAGACUAUCAGUAUGCUCCAAAGACGCAUUGCACUGGAGGCGAAGAACUUCCGCCAUCAGUUGCAGAGUGAAAUCAACAAACACAAAGACACUCGCCACGACCUGGACAUUGCCAUUAACAAUGCGGACAAGCUGUCCACAAUCAUUGAGAUGAAAGAGAAGAUGCUUAGUACCGCUGCUAGUCGUAUAGUAAAGUCUCCAGUCAAACCAUCCUCCAACAAUAGUGCUAGACCGGUGAGCCGGACUAAAUCUGGACAAGAUAUCAACAGAUCUGAUGAACGGUCAAAUGUUAGUAAAUUUUCACAUGAAUUGGACCAAACAAUACUCGCCAAACUUUGUGAAAGCUCUCGCCAUAUAAGUAGCUCCUUGUCACACGAAGAAGACAAUUCUUCGUCAACAGAACCUCGAUCUCGCUAUGCAAUAAGAAGUCGCACUAAUUCCACUAGUAAAUCUACGCCAAUCCACACAAGAAAGAGUUCAAAAGGUCCUGAUGAAAUACUAGAAUUAGCUAAAACCGUACAAGAUGGCAUGGCUGAUUUAGCUAUAUUUGAUGAUGAAAUAGAUUUCAAAAGUAGUCCCCCAGAAGAAGUUCAGAAAAAAAUAGAUAAUUUAAAAGCAGAUCUUAUAAACAAAAUAAAAGGAGACGAAGUGCCAUCUAGAAAAACUAGUGCUUUAAGAAGAAAGUCAACGGAGGAGUCUAUUGAGGAAGAGAUUGCUGAAUCUGAGGAAGUCGAACGUCCUAGAUCUAGAGGAAGAAGACAUUCCAACGUGUCUUUUUACGAAGAUGUUACGGUUGAAGAAACUUCGACUACUAUUACAUAUAGUGAUGAUGAUAUAAUGAAACGCGAUAAUAGCGUUUUAGAGAAGAAAAUAUCAGGGAAGCCUGUGGAAAAAUACUGUAAAGACAUAAUACAGGAUAUCGAAAGGAGCAACAAAUUGAUAGAGAAGCACGUUAAACAAUUUAAUAGCUCUAGAUUCGAUAGUGACAAGCUUGUGCAACAGUUACAAGCUGUGGAUAAAAUUAACGAUUUCGUCAACUUUAAUGGCGAAAUACCAGAAGAAGCGUUAACAGAGUUAAAUAACAAUUUCAAGAUGUUGACAGACCAAGUAAUAGUAGAUACAAAGCCAGUAACUAGGAAAAGAUCAAUAUCGGGCAGGAGAAGUUCAAGGUCAGAUUCUAAGACAACUUUACUGGAUGACGUUAGUAUGAGUAACCAAGAUUUACUGGACGAUUUAUUGGGAAAGAAAUGACAUAAUCCGAUCCCACUGAGCUAUAUCAGAUUUUUUGUAUGUAUUGUAUUCCUUCCAGGUGAAGACUUACAGUCGGUUCUUUAUGGCCGAGUUUUAUAAAUAUUUUAUUUACAUGUGGUAUAUCUGUGUUCAAUGAUUGUUAUUGGCAGUUAAUUAUAGUAGAUGUGAUAUGAUUGGACGCGGGUGAAACUACGAAAGAUGUUUGGAUGUGAGACUUUCUUUAUUUAAGUUUGAAUAUAGUUCAAUCGAGAUUAUGUAAAAUACAAUAUGUAUUCAACUAUAAAUAAAAUACGGUUUCAAUUUUGUCUUUUGGAACAACCAUUUCACACGAAUUCAGAUUAUAGCAAAAUUAUACGAGUAUCUGAUAAGUAAACUUUGGAUUAUCCUGUAAUCACAAACUUUGCUCAUAGUAAAAGAAUGUUGUUGUCAUAAAUUCAUAGUGUCUACUUUCACUGGAAAUAUAGAAUUUCAGUACAUUUGAUACCUUGAGUACGAGGUAUAAAUAAGAGGCUUUACAUACUGUACUGAUGUUGACAGCGGAAAAAAUUCGAAGUAUUCAAGAAUGAUGACAGCCUGAGUCUGAUAGCUUGCGUUAUGAGACUGGCGGUUUAUCAUAAUAUUGUUUGUGUUAUUACUUACGUCGCCGCCCGCCUGUAAUGUGUAAAACAUUUUUUUUGAGUGUAUGCUGUUGGUCGCAGAUGACCUUUACAGCGUCACCGGGUCUGGGGACGGCGAGAUCCUCAAGCCGAGAAUUGGCGAGUGCCUCUAGAGGUAUACCAGGCGGAUGGCAUAUCCCCACGGCAGGAGUUUCCUUUCCGUCUAGAACCUCUAGACCAUUCGAACCUGAGGGGGUCGGCUCAACUAGAGGGCGUCUCUCGGACCUCGGCUCUAGUUAGCCGUUGCCAUGGGGGGAUGUUAAACAAUCUACAGGCGCUUUCAUUUAUAUCUCUCCUCUCCCUUUCGCAUCUUUGAUGGUUUUAAACAAAGUUUUUCCAUUUUUUACAAUUUGCACAUUUUGUACUUACAUCAUGUUCACUACUUAUUUAUUAACGACAGCACAGUCAUUAAAAUUAUUACCUUAAAUCGGUAUCGACUGAAUGUAAAUUUUGAUGUUAAGGGUCGCUUUUCCCGUACUUGAAUCUUGAUGUAUCACCAACAAACACUAUAUAGAUCUUAAAUCCAUAGGGAAACUAGCCUAAUAGGAAAUUGGGCCACAGCAUUGUGUGCUGAUUUUCCAUCAUGUGAAUGAGUUUUUCUACAUAAUGUUAUUUAUUUAAAUUAUGUGAUUGAGUAAUAAUAAAAUGAUUAUAUUUUUGAC